AUGAAGAAGGAAGAGGAAGGGGAAGAAGGAAGAAGAAAGAAAAGUGAAGAAGAGGAAAGAAGAAGAAGGAAGAGGAGGAGGAAGAAGAAGGGGAAGAAGAAGAAGGGGAAGAAGAAGAAGAGGAAGAAGGGGAAGAAGAGGAAUAAGGGGAAGAACAGGAAGAACAGGAAAAAGGGGAAGAAGGGGAAGAAGAGGAAGAAGAGGAAGAAGAGGAAGAAGGGGAAGAAGGGGGAGAAGGGGAAGAAGAGGAAGAAGGGAAGAAGAGGAAGAAGGGGAAGAAGGAGAAGAAGAGGAAGAAGGGGAAGAACAGGAAGAAGUGGAAGAACAGGAAGAAGAGGAAGAAGGGGAAGAAGAGGAAGAAGGGAAGAAGAGGAAGAAGAGGAAGAAGGGGAAGAAGGAGAAGAAGAGGAAGAAGGGGAAGAACAGGAAGAAGUGGAAGAACAGGAAGAAGAGGAAGAAGGGGAAGAAGGGGGAGAAGGGGAAGAAGAGGAAGAAGAGGAAUAA